AGGCCGAGACUUUAACCGUGUGUCAUCGUCUGAAGAUAACCUUAUAAGGCUAUUUUGGCAAGGUUCACUAAAACUGUCGUGCAGAAUAAUCUAAACGUGUGGCUCAUCUUUUAAUUCUGAAGGACUCUGUGAUAAAUUCAGCCAGGUUUUCACUGGGAAGUGUUUCUCUCAGCAUCCAGCAAUAUUAACGAUCCUGUCAUGAACAACUGCAAAGGGAGACACUAUGGUGAAACUUAAAGAGGAACUCUGGAAAACCCUGCAGGGCUUGAAAGAAGGGGAAUUUGAAACUUUCAAGUGGUUCCUGAAGGAGGAUGGCAUCCCAGUGGCUGAUUUGGAGAACGCAAAAAGGCAGGACGCUGUGGAUCUAAUUGUACAGAAAUAUCAGAGCUCAGGAGCUCUGAAGGUAACCUUGAAGAUUUUAGAAAACAUCCACAGGAAUGAUCUGGUGGAGCUUCUUCAAAACCUCCACUUGGAACCAAAAGAUGCUGCUAAGAAAAAGGAGUAUAAGGGAAAAAAGCCUAAAUUGGAGUGGGUUCAGCAGUUUGCAGUGGAUGUGAUUCUGGAUCAUCAUACAGCACAUCCUGAUCUCAUCCUGUCUGGUGACAGGAAACAAGUUCGUCAUGGUAAUGUGAGGAAGAGACUACCGAACAACCCUGAGAGAUUUAACCACUGUGUGAACAUCUUGGGAAAGCAGGGUUUCUCUUCUGGAAAAUUCUACUUUGAGGUUCAGGUUAAAGGAAAGAUUGCCUGGGAUUUGGGAGUGUCCAAAGAGUCAGUCGAGAGAAAAAUCCAGAUUACAGCAACCCCAGAGAACGGCUACUGGGUUCUUAUUUUGAGGAAUGGAUAUGACUGCGGAGUUGUUGAUGGUGAGCCGAUCCUUCUCUCUCUGAAUCAGUAUCCUCAGAAGGUGGGAGUGUUUGUGGACUGUGACGAGGGACUGGUUGUCUUUUAUGAUGUUGAUGCUGCAGAUAUUCUCUACAUCUUCCAUGGCUGCUCCUUCAAUGAGAAAAUCUACCCAUUCUUCAGUCCAUGUACCAAUGACGGCGGUAUAAAUGCUGCCCCUCUGAUUUUAACUCCUGUCAAUCCCCCACUGAACGAACACGAAAAAAAGAAGGCGGAGCUAAAGAAUGCCCAGCAAUAUGAAGUGGAGGUGACUCUGGAUCCUGACACAGCCCAUCCUAACCUCAUCCUGUCUGACGAUGGGAAACGAGUACAUCACGGUGACGAGAGGAAGAAACUUCUAUCCACCCCUCAAAGAUUUAACAACUGUGUAAGCAUUUUAGGAAAACAGAGUUUCACUUCAGGAAAAUUUUACUUCGAGGUUCAGGUCAAAGGGAAGACUGCCUGGGAUUUGGGAGUAGCCACAGAGUCAAUCAAGAGGAAAGCCCAGAUCAUAACAAGGCCACAUAACGGCUACUGGUCGAUAAUGCUGAGGAAUGAAUUUGAGUACGAAGCCAAUGAUGAUGAUCCAGUCAGUCUCUCGCUGAAUCCCCGUCCUCAGAGGGUGGGAGUGUUUGUGGACUAUGAUGAAGGCCUGGUAUUCUUUUAUGAUGUAGAUACUGCAGACUGUCUCUACUCUUUUGCUGGCUGCUACUUCAAUGAGAAACUCUAUCCAUACUUCAGUCCUUGCACUAAUGACGAUGGUAUAAACUCUACCCCUCUGAUUAUAAUUCCCGUUUAUCAGGAGACACAGGACAUUGGUGAUCAAAAAGCAGAGUGUGAAAGUGAAGCAGAUGAGCUGAGCUCUGCCCCUCUUCACUCACUGAAACAUAAGACAUGCGACUCUGAUGGCGAAAACGAAGAAAACCAAACAAAGAAGACUGAGCUGAAGAGCGCUGAGCAGCCUGCAGUGGACGUGACUCCUGAUGCUAAUGCAAAUUCAAAUCUCCUUGUUUUUGAUGAUGGGGAACAAGUGCACAAUGAUGAUGAUAAUGUGAGUGAGAAAUCCCCAAAUAACUUUGUAAGGACCUUGUUUUGUUGCAGAUGUUGUGUCUUUCCCUCAGAGAAAGAAUAAAUGAUGUAGUAAAUGGGCGUGUACUCAGAUGAGGAGGCGAUUGGUUCACCAGGUAUCUGUAAGUUAGUAGCUCCUUUUGGAUAAGCCAAGAUGCCAUCGGCUCUACGCAGUGCGCAGUACUCAUCUCCUUUAUCUCCUAACCUGAGGCCACACCGGUCUCCACCUUAAAGCCUUUGCAAUACUAUUUGCGUCUGUUCUUAUAGAAAUAAUAGAGCUGGGCUAUCUUUUUUUACCUCAUGUUUACCUAAUUCAGGGAGAUUACUGAUUUUAAUUUGUUUGUUAUUUUUCCUUCAGGUUAAAUUUUUUGCCUUUCUAUUUAGUUUUUGGGUUAGUUUUGUUGGCUUUUGCCUAAGUUAAAUCAUGCUCUCCGUCAACAGCAAGUGUAAAACACCAUGUGAUGCGUGACUGGUUGAUAACACAUAUAACACAAGAAGUUUUAAAUUAGUACAUUUUAAAAUUGAAAAUUAGUUUGGUGAGUUGCAAGUUUUACAAACAAACAGGCACGACAUUUAAGCUUCUACCAGCACAACAUGAGCUGAAAAACUUUCAAUUAUCUAAGAAAAGAAUACAGCAUUCCUAAUAGAUUUUUUUAAUAUACUUUCGUACAUUCAUAAUUUUGUCUGAUCACUCACAAAAGAAUAUAAGUUUAGGUUUGAAUUAUCCGAAGCUAAGGAUAUAUUAAUACUCUUGAUUACAAUUAAAGGUCAAAUUGUGAAUUUUCAAAUGUUCUUUCUAAAGGAGGUCAUCCAUAUUUCCUAACUUUAUUAAAUUUACGGGGAACAGAUCUAGGAUUGGUUUCGGAUUAAAAUACCUGGCUGCGUCAAAUAAUAAAUUUAAAGGAAAUCAAGACAAUUUAUUUUGAGCUGUGCCAUGAAUUCUAUCUUACUUCUGUAGGGAUGCAUAGAAUAGCCAAAGAUAACUCACUAAGCUGCCCUAAAUAACAAAAAACAAAGACUGGACAUUUAUGCAUCUGUUUUUGCAGUGCGACCUGCCCAAAAGUUUCUGGAACUGGUCUAAUUCCUGCACUAAUUUUGUUUAAGAAUUUAACUUUAUCAAAAGACAUACCUGAUUUUCACAUAUCUUGAGAGGUGCAUAUUGCUUUGGAAAAAUCAGUCUCAUUGACCAAAUAGGCAUACCAUAAAAUAAGUAUACUGUAUAUGAUACUAUUACCUACAACUUUGUCGCUAUUGUUGUAAUAAUAAGUAUA